UGCAUCUAAUGCAAAUUGCGUAUAAUGGAGAAUACAUGACUGCGUCUGACGUUCCGUAUCACCUCCGCUUAAAAAGGUGCAAUCUAAUCUUGUUUACAUGAAAUAAGCCUGCUCCCGAGCAGGUUUUAUCUUACGGACCAUUUGCUAUGACAGCAAAUCUAGAAUGAGUUUAAGAACCAAAUAAUCCAAGAUCAAGCCAAAUCGUCAACAAUCAAAUCCAGCUAAACGAGUAAUCCACGUACGAAAAACGGACCACAGUUCUGACACACCUACCAAACAAGAGAAAACGUACCUCAAACCCUGUUCAACAUGUCGUUCAACCCGGAAACCGUAGCAAAACGUUAUGCACCGUUUUAAACUUGAACGUGCCCCAGGUGAUGCAGCAUAACAGAAAAGGAAGGAACCGCUAACCAUGUCCGUUUCACCCACAACAACUACUUCGGUUCACAGGUUCGGACAUCCCAGCAGUUUUCUAGUGCUGUUAUUUAUUUUCACAUUCUCCUGUGUGAUUAUAUGGAUAUUUCUGGAUGAUGGUCAUAAGCAAGAGUUCCAGCCUCCGAGGCCCAGACCUCAUUCACAUAUGAAACACAUAAUGGAAAUCAGUGAGGAAGAGUGGAAUAGACUACAGAAGGCUCUUGAUUGGCCAAGUCCAGAUCAAGAAAUCACUGAACUGAAGCUAAGCACAAGUCCAGUUCACACAACAUUCUCUAUUGUAGGAUUCAAUAAAACAUACAGAGUUGGAGAAAAGAUUCAUGUUAUUAUCACAGCUAGAGAUCACAACAAGAACUUGAAAUCAUAUGGAGGCGAUUUUUUCCAAGCGAAGCUUUUCAACUCAAAAUUAAAGGCAAGUGUUUAUGGGAAAGUUGAUGAUCAUCGUAAUGGGACCUACACUGUUGAUCUUCUGCUACCCUGGGAAGGUCAAGCAGAAGUGUCUGUGCGACUGGUCCACUCCAGCGAAGUUGUGCAUAUUAUUAAAAAAUACAGGGACUCCUCAUUCCCACGGAGUCUUUAUUACGGUUACUUUGAAGGGUCAGGACCAAAAGGAAUCAGGAUUAAAGAAAAAGUAGAAUGUAAUCUUAAAUGGGGCUCAGAUGGAAGUUGGACUAAAGGCAACUGCUGCUGUGAAUAUAAGGAUGUAAAAACAGGAACGGUAUGGCAGUGUGAGAGACCAAAGCAACUUACCUGUGACAAAUUGGUGCAUCAUGAAAGAGGGGCUUUGAAAGACCCAUCAAAUAAAUUUGAACAAGAACUUUUUUCAAGAAAAUUAACAAAUGUUGGUAUUCCUGGAGACAAACAAACCAUAAAUGUUGUUCAGAACACUACAAGCAAUGGCACAAUAGAAAGAUGCAGAUCUGGUUUGACUACACCAGUACCUGCAGGGUUUUAUUUUAAAGAUAUCUGGAAGUCUUUUGUAUGUAACACUCAGGAAUUCAGUCCUGCACAAAUGGGAAAUUGUCUUAAAAACAAGAUUGUUUACCUGUUUGGAGACUCUACCACAAGGCAGUGGUUUGAGUAUUUAGAAAGAAAAGUGCCAGGGUUAAAACGAAUGGACCUCCACACUCCUCGCACUGGUGGACCCCUAAUGGCUGUAGAAUUACAAAACAACAUCAUUGUUCACUGGAGGCCACAUGGUGUUCCCUUGAGAUUCACUAAAAUGUUAAUUACAGAUCUGCAUUAUAUCAGCAAUGAUAUCGAUGAAAUAGCUGGUGGUGCUCAUGCUGUCAUUGUCAUCACAUUUUUUGCCCAUCUGGUUUUUCACCCACUAACAUUUUACAUCCAUGAAGUGGCCAAAAUUCGUCAGGCUGUUCUUGCACUGCUGAGCCGAGCACCAGCGACUACUGUGAUUAUCAAGUCUGGCAAUACUGGAAGCUUAAAGAAUAUUUUUCAAAGCGACUGGCUUGCAUUGCAGUUGAACACAGUGAUGAAGGAGAUGUUCAGCGAUAUUAAUGGAGUGGUCUACUUGGACGUCUGGCAGAUGACUUCCUGUCAUUAUCUGCGUGAAAACAUUCACCCAGGUCCUGUUAUCAUUGCUAAUGAGAUAAACAUGUUUCUAUCAUAUGUCUGCCCUCCCUGAUAUAUUUAACACAACUACGAUACAUUUUUGCUGCUAUAUACAAUACUAUGUACAUACAUAAAUACAGUAACCUGAAUUGUGAUGUUAAUAUUCUUAAAAUCAGGAGAUUAAGUUGAAAACAUGACAGUUAUGGCUUCAGUAAAUGUGGAUCAGGCAUGUUUUCGGUUAUGUGUUAAAUUAUAUUUAUUAUUAUUUAUUAUUAGUGUUACUAUUUUAUAUGUUUAUGUUAAUUACAUUAAUUACACUGAUUGGUGUCUAUAAACUACAAGAGUGAUUUGCUGACUCACCUUAGUCAAGUCAUCGUGUUGCUUAACUAUGUAAUGUCAACAUAAAAUGUCAGGUUUAUUAUACAUACAAGUCCACACUACAGAUUGUAUAAAGUAACACCUGUUGCAUUUAAUUACAUAAUUAGGUGCUAAAUAAAGUUAUGAUUGAUGAUAUAAUUAAACUUCAUUUUAAUGACUUAUAAAUAGAUAUAAAUUAUAAAACUAAAGUUGAAAUAAAUUAAGGUAAUUCCAUGCUAGUCAAAAAAGUUCAAUUAAUUGUCAUUUUUAGAUAGUAGAUUACACUUACAUUUUUAAGUGCCAAAACUAAGGAAUUUAUUACAGUGUAGAAACCAUUACAGAAAUUCUAAUUACCAUUACAAAGCCAUUACAAAACCAUCAGCCAAUAACCAUUUAAACCAAAUGGUUUCCAAUAUGCAGUGUGUUUUGGGCACAUUCUAUUAGGAUUUAUUGGUUUGUAUAGGUUUCCAUUACAAUUUAUUUGUCUUUAUUAACACUUUUAAAGGGGACAUUCCACAAGUCGUUUUUAAGAUAUUAAAUAAAUAUUUGAUGUCCCCAGAGUACAUAUGUGAAGUUUUAGAAGCACUGGGGACCCGAUUAUAGCACUUAAACAUGGAAAAAGUCUGAUUUUCAUGGAAUGUCCCCUUUAAUGGUUUUGUAUUGGUUCUAAUGGUGCCAUUACAAGUUUGUAUUGGUUUUAUUUGCACAUAUUUAAUGGUUUCCCUUACAGUUUUGUAUUGGUCCUUGAUAGUAUCCAAUAAACAAAAUGCCACGAAUAGAAGAAAACAAAUUACCAAGAGACCCAAAUAAAUCACUAAAUUUAUUGAAGUCAUAAUCCCAGACGGCAUUUCAACAUU